UAGAGAGUCUAGUCACUAGUCUAGCUAGAGAUAUCCAGUAACACUAGAAAAGAUCUAGCCACUUUGACUUUACAAUCUAGAAGAUCUAGAGUUGGUGGUUCUAUAAUCUUCAGGAUAGAUCUAGUAUGGCAACGUCUUACAACAAUAAAGUUAGGGGGGAAUAUAGCAGAGGGCGUUCAAAAAAGAACAGAGAAUUUGCAAACGGUAACCGAGAUGACAAAAGAAAACGUCCCAAACUGAAUGAUUCCGGUCUUGAUGACAACUCACCUAUCAUCAAAUCUUUCAGAAUUUUUCAAGUAGAAUUGGACUCUAGAAAUGACCGCUAUGAACGUAUUGUAAAAUUAAGCAGAGAUAUUACAAUAGAGAGCAAAAGAAUAAUUUUUCUACUACAGCGUGUUGCUGGGUCAGAAGAUAAAGAUGUGGUCCUUUCUGAAGCUUUGGAGAAAAUACAGGAGUUAAACAGCACCAAAUUUUUGGAGUUAGCCCAAGAACUGGAUACACAAGAUCCUUUUCAGUUUUUAAGAGCAUAUUCACCAGGUUUGCAGGAAUACAUAGAGGCUGUUACAUUUUACCAUUACUUAGCUAGUGAAAAAUUAGUUGGUGUUGAAAAAAUACAGUCCGACUUGACCUUUUCCGUCCCUGUGUUGUCUCCGUCUACCUCACACUCCUCCAACGUUCAAUCAACCAUUGAAAAAAUGACAGAUCUCGCAACCUCAGAUAAUGAGUCUCAAUGUCCGUCCAAUGAGGGAGCAAUAACCAACGAGGGGGGCCAAGACACAAUUCCAAAAUGUGAGGCGCAGCGGCAUCUCUCUGUACACAUACCUCCCACUGAGUACAUGCUGGGAGUUGGGGACUUUACAGGGGAGCUGAUGAGAAUGGCAAUAAACAGUGUUGGGGCUGGAGACCUAGAAAAGCCUUCAGUUGUUGCGACUAUGAUGCGAAUCAUCAAUGAUGCAUUCACAACAUUUGCUCACCCCCCAAGAGAGUUGAGGCAAAAGACAAGGGUACUGCGACAAAGCUUGCAAAAGGUUGAAACAGCGUGCUACACUUUAAAAGUUCGGGGGUCUGAAAUUCCUAACCAUAUGCUGGCCGAUGUGUUCUCUAUGCAUAACUCAGGGCCAGUAGAGUCAUUUUCUGAAGAGUUAGAUGAAGCUUAUGAUUAAACUUUUGAAAUAUAAAUAAUUUUUGUUUUUUUGAAUUGCAUUAAGGCCUGGUAGAACAAUAGACAUUCUUUAGUAAUUGGCAAACAAAUUGAAAGAAAAAUAAAAAGGUUUAUUUUGGUUUUAUUAUUAGCAGGUACAUUUAAUGACAAAUUAAGUGCAUUGGCAUGUAUCAACCCAUUGUUUUGAAGGGUAAAAAGUUCUAAUUUCUAGAAUACAUUCAGUUUGAUAACAAGGGGCUAGAGUAAAAAAAAAAAUAUAAUUAAACACAUCCUUUGAGUAACAAGACAAAGCUGAAUGUUCCAGAAGGUCACAAACUUUUCAAGCUCUAGUAUGUCUCUUGAUGGUAUCAUUUUAAGUUGAAGAUUGCACCUAUUUUAAAAACAUUUAACCCCUUACUCCUAGAACCCUGAUCUCAAAUUCCACAUUUGUGCUUUUGCUAGACAUAAAAUUAGAUCUUACCCCUUACAAAGUUCUAUAUUUUAGUUU